AUGGGUGUAAAGAACUCAACUACUGCUGGAACUAACCUCACUGCGCGUCGGGCAAAGGGCCGAGGUCAAGACAUGGAUGGCACUAUGAACGGGCGGAGUAGUACUGAGAAUGUUAUUAAACGAGUGCGUAAACCGAAGAUGGAAGAAUCAUCUGGAUUCUCUUUAGAACGAUGUAUUCAGUGGUUUGAAGAUUACAAAGAUUCCGAAGACAUAGAGGACAGAAUUGGUCCCAAUGGUAUGGAAAAAUGGUUCAAGGAUCUUGGAACUAAUACCAAUAGUGUACAUAUUAUACUGAUCUCAUGGAGAUUGAAUGUAUCUAAAUUCGGAUAUAUAACACGAGGAGAGUGGACGUCGGCAUUCGGGGCUUGGGGUAUUGAUUCCAAUGACAAGCUAAUAUCAAAAUUUCCUGAACUCGAAGCGGCAUUGAGGAAUCCAGAGCAAUUGAAGGACAUUUACAGAAACACAUUCAACUACUCAAAAGAGGACAACCAAAGAAGUGUUGGUGUGGAGGUUGCAAUAGAAAUGUGGAAGUUGCUGCUAAGUAAUAACUAUUCGCAUGUCAAUCACCUUGUACAAUUCCUCGAGAAAAAGAAACCAGUAAAAGUAAUCACCAAAGACCAAUGGAUUAGUCUAUGGGCAUUUGUGAACAAUGUCUGCGAAGAUUGCAGUAAUUACGAUCCAACUUCUGCUUGGCCAGUUUUGUUCGAUGAAUAUGUGGAAUGGCGAAAUGAACAAUCAGGAUCAAAUGGAUAA